ACGUUGCCUGGAAUCAAGUAUCAAAGUAACUUGGGGAUAGAUUUUCUUUGGUGAUCGGUGAGUGUUGUACAACGUAAACACUGCCACGGUCAGAAGACAUUUUAUAAGUCCAAUACGAUAAAUCAUAUUUCGCAUGUGCUGAGGAACAUUAUUUACAAGUAUGGAGAGCAUCAAUGCUUCAUGGACAGCCCCUCCCGGGGCUGCCCAGCCUAUGGGUAUCCAGUCUACAGCUGGAGCUGUACCUGUUAUGAAUGAUAAAGGUGAGGUGUCUAUGAAAAAAGUCAAAGUUCAGCGAUACGUGAGUGGUAAAAGACCGGACUAUGCUCCUGCAUCCUCUGAUGAUGAGGAAGAAGAAGAUGAGGAUUUCACUGUGCCAAGGGGGGCUGUCCCUACUUCAUCUGCUCCACACAAAUCCCUCACUGAGGCUGAAAUGGCUGAUCCUAGGUUACGUCGUCUUUUGGCUCACAGAGAAAUUGCAGUGGACAGGGAUGAAGAAGAAAUGGAUCACGAUAUUCCAUCACGUAGACGGCUUGUGCAUGAGACAGAAGUGGUUGAGCUUAGUGAUGGUGAAGAACCUGAAAGCCCCUUGGGUAGAGAGGUGAAGGACAACUUAGAAGGAGAUAUUGGGGAAAUAGCAACACCAGAGGAAGAGACAAUGAAAAUAAAGGAGGAGAAGGAAGACACAGAUGAAGAUGAAAGAAUGGAAAGCAAGGAGGAAGAUGUAGAAAUGUCAGAAGAGGUAGAACACCCCACUUUGCCCCCAGAAGUCAGAAGAAGUCAUCGAUUAGCUGAAUCUGACAGUGAAUCUGAAGGGGAAGUUGAUGAGAAUGAACUAGUCAUACGGCGUCUUAAUAUUCGCCAAAGGGCUCUGCAGAAAAUUCAACAAGAGGAGGAGAUCUUGGGUAAAGAAGAUGAAGGAAGUGAAGAAUCAUCGGAAGAAGAGAGUUCUGAGUACUCUGAAGAGAGUGACUCGGAAGAGGAAGGGCCCAGACUUAAGCCAGUCUUUGUGAGGAAGAAGGACAGAGUAACAAUUCAUCAAAAAGAGCAACAGCAAGUCAAAGUUAAGCAGCAAGAAGCAGACAACCGUCGUCGAGUAGAAGAGAGAAGAAGAGAGACAUUGCGUUUGAUUGAACAGGAAAAUAGGAAUGCAGCUAACUUGCGUAACAAUAUAGCUGAUAAUGAUCCUAUGAAUACUAUCAAUACUGAUGAUGAAGCUGAUGAUGCAGAGUAUGAAUUAUGGAAGCUUAGGGAGUUGAGAAGAUUAAAGAGAGACAAGGAGGAACGUGAAGCAGCAGAGAAGGACCAUGAAGAGGUCGACAAGUUGAGAAACAUGACUGAAGAAGAGAGAAGAAUAGAGCUUCGUAACAAUCCAAAGGUCAUAACCAACAAAGCCAUCAAGGGAAAAUACAAGUUCUUACAAAAGUAUUAUCACAGAGGAUCAUUCUUCUUGGAUAACGAAGAAGAAGUCCUUAAACGAGAUUUCUCUGGUGCAACUCUUGAAGAUCACUUUGAUAAGACCAUCCUUCCAAAGGUUAUGCAAGUGAAAAACUUUGGACGCUCUGGCCGCACCAAAUACACACACUUGGUUGACCAGGAUACAACAUCUUUCGACUCUCCAUGGGCAUCGGACACGCAGAUGAACCACAAAUUCUUUAAUAGUAAUGCUGGUGGGAUGAAGCAGCUGUUUGAUAGAAUAGCUCUCAAAAAACAUACUGGAACCAGUGCAAAUAAUACCACAGCUCGAAAGUAGAUGUAAGGUGUAUGUACAAACAUGAAAUAGUUUUUAAUAAAUAUAUUAUUUAGAUCAACCAACAAAAAGAAAUUUAUCUUCC